CAGAGACUUUACAGGCUGUGCAAGGCAUCUUUUUCUCCAGAUGGGCCUGUAUCUGAAGAAGCUCUUGAAAAAGUUCGUGAGAAGUUAGGGUGUGGAAGCUAAUCCCUAGAAGAUAACAAUGGUUUCAUCGCCUACUUCAUAUUCUAUUAAAGGUGUAAGGUUUAUCUAGGACUUAAUGGCUAUUAUAGAAUGAAGAUUUGUGAAGGAUUGUGGGAGAUUAAGUAAGCCUCAAAUGGAUAUGUUGAGGAAGAAUGAGAAUUUAUGCGGUUUUCUGAAGCAGAAAAUGCUCUUCAGUCAUUUAAAGACAGCUAUGACAGCAACUCCAUUUUUGGCUCACCCAAAUUCUGAAGAAAAUUUGUAAUAGAAAGAAAUCUAUCUGAUGUGGGCUUAGGGGUGGUUUUCUCUUAGCAGGGGUGUCCUAUAACUUUUGCAAGCCAGGUUCUAUGCCCAAGUAAGAGAAAUUCAUCUGCAUAUGAGAAGGAACUAAUGGCCAUUGUCUUUGCAGUCAACAAUAUAAAUUGUACUUUCAAGGGCAGAAAUUCAUCGUCAAAACUGACCAAUGACCCCUUAAAACUUGCUUUAAUUAUGGGAUCUUAGCUAUGAAAUUGUAUGCGGAUGAGGAAAUGAGAAUGGAUCUGCAGAUAUUCUUCUAGAAGUAAGCACCCACAAUAAGAGCUUAUUCGCGCAGCAAAUACUGCAAUUGCUGCAAACCUUGCUAUAAAAGUUCAACGAUCAUGGGAAGAAGAUGACAGAGUGCUAUCUCUCAUAGCCCAGUUGCUGAUUGGUCCGCUCUAUUGGCCUCAGUAUUCAUGGGGUAAAUAUUUGCUUGAAAAGGAAAGGAAAAAUAGUGGUGGUGCAAAUCAGAAUUUGAGGAAGCAGUUUUCACAGUAUUUUCAUGGAGAUGCAGCUGGUAAACAUUUGGGCAUGUAAAAGAAUCUCUGUCAUUUAUGGAGACUCAGGGAUGACUGGAUUGGAGCCUUGCAAACGAUGAAAAAAUCAAACCAGCAGAUGUUGGCCUUGAACAGGAGGCCCAGGUCAUUCGUAAUUGGUCUGGUCCAAUGCUUGAACGUAAUGGUGGCCGUCAAGCAUUGCCACCAAUCAAAUACUUGCAUUUGCAUGAAUGUGACAGCUUCUCUAUAGGUAUAUUUUGCAUGCCCCCCUCCUCUAUUAUUCCUCUCCAUAAUCAUCCUGGAAUGACAGUGCUGAGCAAACUCUUGUAUGGAUCAUUAUAUGUUAAAUCAUAUGACUGGAUUGAUUUGCCUGGCUCUGGUGAUCCAUCUGAAGCUAAACCAGCAAAGCUUGUCAAAGAUGCAGAGAUGGUAGCACCGACCCCAACAACAAUUCUUUAUCCUGCUAGCGGAGGAAACAUUCAUUGCUUCAGAGCUAUAACUCCUUGCGCCAUCUUUGACAUAUUGGCUCCUCCAUAUUCUUCAGAAAAUGGAAGACAUUGCACCUAUUUCCGGAGAUCCCCAAGGAGAGAUCUUCCAGGUAGUGUUGAAUUGGAUGGAAUUACAGUUUCUGAAGUGACUUGGUUGGAAGAGUUUCAACCUCCAGACGACUUCGUGAUCCGGAGAGGGCUUUACAGGGGUCCUGUUAUUGGAACAUGAAAAAUUACUUGUUUUUAGUGUACUUACACUCAAGAAUUUAACUUGUUAGUUUAGGGGUCGUUGAAGGGAAUCAUGCAGAACGUGUUAUCAAAAGCCAUUGCAAUACUUUUAUUCUUUGUUUAUAUAUUAGGCAUUUGGUUUGUACACUAGAUAAAUAUUUUUAUUUAACUAUAGCUGAACAUUGCUUUUUUA